AUGUCAUCAUCACCAAUUCGUAAUACAGAGUCCAAUCCAAGAGAUUCUAAUUCUCAGAGUCAAAGUCAAAGUCAGACACAAAAUGAUCCAGUCCCUUCAUCACCAUUAUUUUUCCAUUCAUCAUCUUCACAAAUUCAUUCUGAUGCUAACCAAAGACCUGGAUCUCAAAUAAGAAGUAGUCAAAUCAAUGAUAUCUCGUCACCAUUACGUUAUUCAUCAUCUACAGGUCACCAAACUUCUGAUAAUAGAAUUACCAGUGAUGUUGAUAGAAUUGUUAGAAGACAUCAAAGAAGUGAUAUUCAAGAUAGUAUGUCAUCACCUAUGAGAAGACGUACUUUUAUUGAAAGUGAAUUGAACAGCCAAAGAUCUUCACAACCUGCUAAUCCUAACGAUUCUUCAUCAAACCCAAAUUCCGAUAUUAAUAUUGAUGAUGAACCUUCUAAAGUUAUUUGGGGUACUAAUGUUUCCAUUCAAGAUUGUACAAAUGUUUUCAGAGAUUUCAUUAUGUCUUUCAAAAUGAAAUAUAGAAAAUUACAAGAGAAUUUACCUAUUGACGAAACCAUUGAUAAUGAAUUAUUCUUUGUUCAACAAUUAAAUACUAUGAGAGAAUUAGGUUUAACUAAUUUAAAUUUAGAUGCUAAAAAUUUGUUAGCCUUUUCUCCCACAAAGAAAUUAUAUUAUCAAUUGUUAAAUUAUCCACAAGAAGUUAUCCCAAUCAUGGAUCAAACCAUCAAAGAUUGUAUGGUUUCCUUGGUUAUGGAUGAUAAUGGGUUUGAUACUACUGGUACUAAUAUCGAUGAUAUAGAAACUAACAUUUACACUGUUAGACCUUAUAAUAUCAACAUUGUUGAAAAGGGAAUGAGAGAUUUGAAUCCUAAUGAUAUUGAUAAAUUAGUUAGUGUUAAAGGUUUAGUAUUAAGAAGUACUGCUGUUAUACCUGAUAUGAAAGUAGCAUUUUUCAAAUGUAAUGCUUGUGAUCAUACUAUUUCUGUCGAAAUUGAUAGAGGUGUCAUUUCUGAACCAUCUAAAUGUCCAAGACAAGUUUGUGGUCAAUCCAAUUCUAUGUCAAUUAUUCAUAACAGAUCAAGUUUUGCUAACAAACAAGUAAUUAAAUUACAAGAAACUCCCGAUUUAGUUCCUGAUGGUCAAACCCCUCAUUCUAUUAAUUUAUGUGUUUAUGAUGAUUUAGUUGAUUGUUGUAGAGCUGGUGAUAGAAUUGAAGUUUGUGGUAUUUUCAGAUCAUUACCUGUUAGACAAAAUUCUAGAAUGAGAGCAGUUAAGAACUUAUAUAAAACUUAUUUGGAUAUUGUUCACAUCAAAAAAAUUGAUAAAAAGAGAUUGGGUAAUGAUACUUCAACUUUGAAUCAAGAAGCUACUGAAAAGGAACAAGAAUUUGAACAAAUUAGAAAAAUUUCUAAUGAUGAUAUCGAAAAAAUCAAGGAAAUCAGUGAACGUGAUGAUUUAUAUGAAGUUUUAGCCAGAUCUUUAGCUCCAUCUAUUUAUGAAAUGGAUGAUGUUAAGAAAGGGGUUUUAUUACAAUUAUUUGGUGGUACCAACAAAACCUUCAAAAAAGGUGGUAGAUAUAGAGGUGAUGUUAAUAUCUUAUUAUGUGGAGAUCCAUCUACUUCAAAGUCCCAAUUAUUACAAUAUGUUCAUAGAAUUGCUCCUAGAGGUAUUUAUACUUCAGGUAAAGGUUCAUCAGCUGUUGGUUUAACUGCUUAUAUCACUAGAGAUAUCGAUACUAAACAAUUAGUUUUAGAAAGUGGUGCUUUAGUAUUAUCUGAUGGAGGUAUUUGUUGUAUUGAUGAAUUUGAUAAAAUGUCUGAUGCUACAAGAUCAGUUUUACAUGAAGUUAUGGAACAACAAACCAUUUCUGUAGCUAAAGCUGGUAUUAUUACUACUUUAAAUGCUAGAACAUCUAUUUUAGCAUCUGCUAAUCCAAUUAAUUCAAGAUAUGAUCCAAAUUUACCUGUUACUUCAAAUAUCGAUUUACCACCUCCUUUAUUAUCAAGAUUUGAUUUGGUUUAUUUGAUGUUAGAUAAAGUUGAUGAAAAAAUUGAUAGACAAUUAGCUAGACAUUUAACUGAUAUGUAUUUAGAAGAUUUACCUGAAAAAGUUACUUCAAAUUUUGUUUUACCAGUUGAAUUUUUAACUUUAUAUAUCCAAUAUGCCAAAGAAAAUGUUCAUCCUGUAAUGACUGAAGAAGGUAAAACUGAAUUAGUUAAGAAUUAUGUUGAAAUGAGAAAAUUAGGUGAUGAUAGUAGAUCUUCAGAAAGAAGAGUUACUGCUACUACCAGACAAUUGGAAAGUAUGAUUAGAUUAUCUGAAGCACACGCAAAGAUGAGAUUAUCACCAAAAGUUGAAUUAAUUGAUGUUAAAGAAGCUGUAAGACUAAUUAAAUCUGCUAUUAAAGAUUAUGCUACCGAUCCAAUCACUGGUAGAAUCGAUAUGGAUAUGAUCCAAACUGGUACCACAUCAGCUCAAAGAAGAUUACAAGAAGAUUUAAGUAAUCAAUUGCUCUCUAUUUUGGAUGAAAAUAAUAAUGUUAUAAGAUUUAAUGAGUUAGCUAUAAAGUUGAAUGAAAAAUCAUCGGUAAGAGUUGAAAAUAAUGAUAUUCAUGAAGCUUUGAAGAGAUUACAACAAGAAGGUAAGAUUGUAGAAACUGGUGAUAAUCAUAGGAAAACUAUUAGAAAAGUAACUGUUAUUUAA